UGUGUGUGACAGGCAUUGUGUGUGUGACAGGCAUUCUGUGUGUGACAGGCAUUCUGUGUGUGUGACAGGCAUUCUGUGUGUGACAGGCAUUCUGUGUGUACUGUUCUGUUCUGUUGUAGGUACCAUUGACUUAACCUUUUAUCAUCCUAAGUGGAAGAGGACACGCUCUCCCCACGAUGACCAAUGAGACCCCAGCUGACCCCUACAUCUUCACCACUGACCUCCUGCCCCUUGACCCUCGCUUCCUUCCUCCGCUGGCCAAUGGGCUGCUGGGUUGGAGGGUGUACGGUGACAUCAUGCACAUGGGUGGAGUCUAUAACGGCGAGGGCGGGGACUGUCACCGUGCCAAUCUCCCCUGUCCUCUGGCUGUGAGGAUGGAUCUAGAUGAGGUGGAUAAGGCAGGGCAUCUGCAACACUCCUACAGUCUAGACACACACACAGGUAUAUUCACCCACUCUCUGAGGACAGUUAGUGUUAUUGCCUCCCAGUCUCUCUACACCCAUCGACACCAUCCCAACCUCUUGGUCAUGGAGGUCCUGAUGAUUCGUCAGGGCACCUCCCGGGAGCCAAUCACAAUCAAGCUGGACAGUAGGUUCACGCCUCAAAGCGAUGACAUAGUGUUCCAUUCUGAACCGGACUACAAAGGAGCCAGUUACAUCCAGGGCCAGACCACCACGGCUGAGGUCGCUGGUGGCGUCUGUCCCAGCAUCCACAUGAUCUGGACCCCCAUCACCCCUUCCCUUACCGUGCUGCCCGACCAGGCCCAGUCCCGCUGGGGGUUCGUGGUGGCGGUGGCGGGCAGUCAGGACAGCGUACAGGCUCACUACGACACAGCUCUGGAGCUGAUGGCCAAUGGGAACCUUCGUCCCUCGCACCUCCGGGCGUGGGAGGAGCUGUGGGCGGGCAGCACCCUGGAGCUGACUGGUCCAGACGACCUGAGCAGGGCUCUGAUUGGCUGCAUGUUCUACCUGCUCAGUGCCUUCCCUUCGUUGCACGAGGCGCCCGGUCAUUUCGGCGGCGUCAGUCCUGGAGGACUGUCUAACGGGGGCUCAGGGCAGGACUACUGGGGACACGUGUUCUGGGACCAGGACACUUGGAUGUACCCCAGUAUUGGUCUCUUCUACCCUCAGUUAGCACGGGCCGUGCUUGAGUACCGGGUGAGGACAGUAGAUGGCGCUAAGGACAAUGCUGAGAAGCAAGGCUACAAGGGACUAAAGUUCCCGUGGGAAAGUGCUGUGUCAGGGAGGGAGGUGUGUCCUGAAGAUAUAUACGGACAACAAGAGAUCCACAUCAACGGAGACGUUACUCUGGCCUUCCAGCACUACCUCUACCUCACACAGGACAUGUCUGUGUUCACAGAGGGGCGUGGCAGCGAAGUGAUUUGGGGCGUGGCUGAUUACUGGGUUUCCAGAGUAACCUGGAGCGCUGAAGAACAGAACUACCACAUCUUAGGUGUCAUGCCCCCCGAUGAGUAUUACUACAACGUCAACAACUCGGUGUACACAAACACUGUGGCCAAGUUCAGUCUGGAGUUCGCUGUGGAGUUGGCUGCCCUGCUGAAGUACCCUGCUCCUCGGGAGUGGCAGCAGGUAGCAGACAAGAUCAAAAUCCCUUUCGAUCAGAAGCAGAAAUAUCAUCCUGAAUUUGACGGCUACAAAAAAGGACAAUUCGUGAAGCAGGCUGACACAGUGAUGCUAGGCUAUCCCCUGUGUCUACCUAUGACCCCUGAGGUCAGGAGAAAUGACCUGGAGUUCUACGAGGCUGUCACAGACCCUGGUGGUCCAGCUAUGACAUGGGGUAUGUUUGCAGUGGGCUGGCUGGAGCUGGGGGAGGUAGAGAAGGCUGGACAUCUACUCCAGAAGUGUUUCAAAAAUAUCCAGGGACCAUUCCAGGUAUGGAGUGAAUCGUCUGAUGGUUCUGGGGCGGUGAACUUUCUCACUGGUAUGGGAGGAUUCCUGCAGGCUGUUCUGUUUGGCUACACUGGAUUCAGAGUACAGAAGGAUUGUCUGGCCUUCGCCCCUUCCAUCCCUGAUGACAUCACUCAGCUGUGUAUCCGGGGGGUCAGUUACCUGGGCAACAAGAUGGACUGGCUGGUGAGGGGACAGGAAGUUUACAUCAUACUGAGAGAGGGAGCAAAGCAUGCUGGGAAUACCAAACCCUGCGCUCUGCAGGUGGUCCUCAAGAACUCCGGGACCAAGAUCCCUCUUAUACCAGGAAAACCAGUGACUUUCCCACGGGAGUCUGGAAUGAUCUGUAAAGUGGAUGGUGCCUUAUCCUGCUGGCCCAUGUGAGGGCCAUCCCUGUCAAACCCCAUCGCCUUCUAUCUACUGUAGCUUCUAUCUAAUGUACCUUCUAUCUACUGUACCUUCUACUGUACCUUCUAUCUACAGUACAUUACCUUCCAUCUACUGUACCUUCUAUCUACUGUACCUUCUAUCUACUGUACCUUCUAUCUACUGUACCUUCUAUCUGCUGUACCUUCUAUCUGCUGUACCUUCUAUCUACUGUACCUUCUAUCUACAGUACAUUACCUUCCAUCUACUGUACCUUCCAUCUACAGUACAUUACCUUCCAUCUACUGUACCUUCCAUCUACUGUACCUUCCAUCUACUGUACCUUCCAUCUACUGUACCUUCCAUCUACUGUACCUUCCAUCUACUGUACCUUCUCUUCCAUCUACUGUACCUUCUAUCUACUGUACCUUCUAUCUACUGUACCUUCUAUCUACUGUACUUUCUAUCUACUGUACCUUCUAUCUACAGUACAUUACCUUCCAUCUACUGUACCUUCUAUCUACAGUACAUUACCUUCCAUCUACAGUACCUUCCAUCUACAGUACCUUCCAUCUACAGUACCUUCCAUCUACUGUACCUUCCAUCUACUGUACCUUCCAUCUACUGUACCUUCCAUCUACUGUACCUUCCAUCUACUGUACCUUCCAUCUACUGUACCUUCCAUCUACUGUACCUUCUACUGUACCUUCCAUCUACUGUACCUUCUACUGUACCUUCUAUCUACUGUACCUUCUAUCUACAGUACAUUACCUCUUAUCUACUGUACCUUCUAUCUACAGUACAUUACCUUCUAUCUACAGUACAUUACCUCUUAUCUACUGUACCUUCCAUCUACUGUACCUUCUAUCUACUGUACCUUCUAUCUAAUGUACCUUCUCUACUGUACCUUCUAUCUACUGUACAUUCUCUUCCAUCUACUGUACCUUCUACUGUACCUUCUAUCUACUGUACCUUCCAUCUACAGUACCUUCCAUCUACAGUACCUUCUAUCUACAGUACCUUCCAUCUACUGUACCUUCUAUCUACUGUACCUUCCAUCUACUGUACCUUCCAUCUACUGUACCUUCUAUCUACUGUACCUUCUAUCUACUGUACAUUACCUUCUAUCUACAGUACAUUACCUUCCAUCUACAUUACCUUCCAUCUACAGUACCUUCCAUCUACAGUACCUUCCAUCUACAGUACCUUCCAUCUACUGUACCUUCCAUCUACAGUACCUUCCAUCUACUGUACCUUCUAUCUACUGUACCUUCUAUCUACUGUACCUUCUAUCUAAUGUACCUUCUCUACUGUACCUUCUAUCUACUGUACCUUCUAUCUACAGUACAUUACCUUCCAUCUACUGUACCUUCUAUCUACUGUACCUUCUAUCUAAUGUACCUUCUCUACUGUACCUUCUAUCUACUGUACCUUCUAUCUACAGUACAUUACCUUCCAUCUACUGUACCUUCUAUCUACUGUACCUUCUAUCUACUGUACCUUCUAUCUACAGUACAGUACCUUCCAUCUACAGUACCUUCCAUCUACAGUACCUUCCAUCUACAGUACCUUCCAUCUACAGUACCUUCUAUCUACUGUACCUUCUAUCUACUGUACCUUACCUUCCAUCUACAGUACCUUCUAUCUACUGUACCUUCUACUGUACCUUCUAUCUACUGUACCUUCUAUCUACUGUACCUUCUAUCUACUGUACCUUCUAUCUACUGUACCUUCUAUCUACAGUACAUUACCUUCCAUCUACAGUACCUUCCAUCUACAGUACCUUCCAUCUACUGUACCUUCUAUCUACUGUACCUUCUAUCUACAGUACCUUCCAUCUACUGUACCUUCUAUCUACUGUACCUUCUAUCUACUGUACCUUCUAUCUACUGUACCUUCUAUCUACUGUACCUUUUAUCUACAGUACAUUACCUUCCAUCUACAGUACCUUCCAUCUACAGUACCUUCCAUCUACUGUACCUUCUAUCUACUGUACCUUCUAUCUACAGUACCUUCCAUCUACUGUACCUUCUAUCUACUGUACCUUCUAUCUACUGUACCUUCUAUCUACUGUACCUUCUAUCUACAGUACAUUACCUUCCAUCUACAGUACCUUCCAUCUACAGUACCUUCCAUCUACUGUACCUUCCAUCUACUGUACCUUCCAUCUACAGUACCUUCCAUCUACUGUACCUUCUAUCUACUGUACCUUCUAUCUACUGUACCUUCUAUCUACUGUACCUUCUAUCUAAUGUACCUUCUCUACUGUACCUUCUAUCUACUGUACCUUCUAUCUACAGUACAUUACCUUCCAUCUACAGUACCUUCCAUCUACAGUAUCUUCCAUCUACAGUACCUUCCAUCUACAGUACCUUCCAUCUACAGUACCUUCCAUCUACAGUACCUUCCAUCUACUGUACCUUCUAUCUACUGUACCUUCUAUCUACUGUACCUUACCUUCCAUCUACAGUACCUUCUAUCUACUGUACCUUCUACUGUACCUUCUAUCUAAUGUACCUUCUAUCUACUGUACCUUCUAUCUACUGUACCUUCUAUCUACUGUACCUUCUAUCUACAGUACAUUACCUUCCAUCUACAGUACCUUCCAUCUACAGUACCUUCCAUCUACUGUACCUUCUAUCUACUGUACCUUCUAUCUACUGUACCUUCUAUCUACUGUACCUUCUAUCUACUGUACCUUCUAUCUACAGUACAUUACCUUCUAUCUACAGUACAUUUCCUUCCAUCUACAGUACCUUCUAUCUACUGUACCUUCUACUGUACCUUCUAUCUACAGUACAUUACCUUCUAUCUACAGUACAGUACCUUCCAUCUACAGUACCUUCCAUCUACAGUACCUUCUAUCUACUGUACCUUCUAUCUACAGUACCUUCUAUAUACAGUACUUUCUAUCUACUGUACCUUUUUACAGUACAGUACCUUCUAUCUACAGUACAUUACCUUCUAUCUACAGUACCUUCUAUCCACAGUACUUUCUAUCUACUGUACCUUUUUACAGUAGUGCCUUCUAUCUACAGUACAGUACCUUCUAUCUACAGUACCUUUCUACAGUACAGUACCUUCUAUCUACAGUACCUUUCUACAGUACCUUCUAUCUACAGUACAGUACCUUCUAUCCACAGUACCUUCUAUCUACUGUACCUUUCUACAGGACAGUACCUUCUAUCUACUGUAACAGUACCUUCUAUCCACAGUGCCUUCUAUCUACAGUACAGUGCCUUCUAUCUACAGUACAGUGCCUUCUAUCUACAGUACAGUGCCUUCUAUCUACAGUACAGUGCCUUCUAUCUACAGUACAGUGCCUUCUAUCUACAGUACAGUGCCUUGUGAUAGAAGGCACUACAGUACAGUGCCUUCUAUCUACAGUACAGUGCCUUCUAUCUACAGUACAGUGCCUUCUAUCUACAGUACAGUGCCUUCUAUCUACAGUACAGUGCCUUCUAUCUACAGUACCUUCAUAUUAUACAGUACAGUGCCUUCUAUCUACAGUACCUUCAUAUUAUACAGUACAGUACCUUCUAUCUACAGUACCUUCGAAUUAUACAGUACAGUACCUUCAGAAAGUAUUCACACCCCUUGACUUUUACCACAUUUUGUUGUGUUGCAAAGUGGGAUUAAAAUGGAUUGAAUUGCCUUUUUUGUUGUUGUAAACGAUCUAUACAAAAUACUCAAAUAAAAUUAUGGAAAAUUAAACACUAAUGUAUAUUGACUAGAUAAGUAUUCAACAUCCUGAGUCAACACGUUACAAUCACCUUUGGCAGCAAUUAAAGCAGUGAGUCUUUCUGGGUAAAUUGGUAAAGCUUUGCACGUCUGGAUUGUACAAUAUUUUUCCAUUAUACUUCCAAAGAUUCUUCAUGUGUUGUUAAUCAUUGCUAGACUGCCAUUUUCAAGUCUUGCCAUAGAUUUUCAUGUAAGUCAAAACUGUAACUAGGCCACUCAGUAACAUUCAAUGUGCUCUUGGUAAGCAACUCCAGUGUAUAUUUGCAGACUGAACCAAGUUUUCCUCUAGGAUUUUGCCGGGGGCUUAGCUCUAUUACGUUUCUUUUUAUCCUGAAAAACUCCUUAGUCCUUGCCGAUGACAAGCAUAUCCAUAACAUCAUGCAGCCACCACCAUGCUUGAAAAUAUGAAGAGUGGUACUCAGUGUUGUGUUGGAUUUGCCCCGAACAUAAUUUCUGUGCCACAUUUUUUUUUUUGCAGUAUUGCUUUAUUGCCUUGUUUGCCAACAGGAUGCAUGUUUUGGAAAAUGUUUAUUCUGUACAGGUUUCCUUCUUUUCAUUCUGUCAGUUAGGUUAGUAUUGUGGAGUAACUACAAAGUUGUUAAUCCAUCCUCAGUUUUCUCUAAUCCCAGUCAUUAAACUCUGUAACUGUUUUAAAGUCACCAUUGGCCUCAUGGUGAAAUCCCUGAACGGUUUCCUUCCUCUCUGGCAACUGAGUCCCAAAUGGCAUCCUAUUCCCUUUAUAAAGUAAGUAGCCUUGUCUGAACCAGAUUGUCCCAUAGGGCAGGAGCCUGUCUCCUGUUUCUGUAGCGUGAGGCAGCUUGAUGUACAACUCCACCCCCUGGAAAGGACGCUAGCCUAUCGCAGGGCCCAUAGCCCAAAGUAACGCACAAUAGACUGCCAUUUGGGGCUCAUUGUUAUUCCUGGUUUAUUCAUGCACUGGAAAUUAUUUUCUGUGUAUAAGAAGGAUUUCAUCUAUUGUGCUUAAACCAUGUAUUUAGUGUGACUUGAUUUGCCAUUCACAUCUCAGUAAAUGUACUGUAUGUUUGUAGAGAUGGAUCAGAUGCCUUUUUAUACUGAUGUACUUAAAACUGCAAUAAAGUAUACAUUUGGUAUGAGAACA